UUGCUGCUCGGGGAAAGCUUCCAUGGGGAGUGAAAACCAAACGAUGGCCACCGACUUCAUCUUCCUGGGGUUCUCCAGCCUGGCGGAGCUGCAGAAGCUGCUCUUUGGGGUGUUUUUGCUUCUCUACCUGCUCACGCUGAGCAUGAACACUGCUAUAAUGACUGUCAUAAGCGUGGAGCGGAGCCUUCACACACCCAUGUACUUCUUCCUCUGCGUCCUGUCCUUUUCCGAGACCUGCUACACCCUCGUGAUCGUCCCCAAGAUGCUGGUGGACUUGGUGGCGGAGAGAAAAGCCAUCUCCUUCCUGGGCUGCGCCAUUCAAAUGUACUUCUUCCUUCUGCUGGGCUGCUCCCACUCCUUCCUCCUGGCGGCCAUGGGCUAUGACCGCUGCGUCGCCGUCUGCCGCCCGCUGGCCUACAGCAGCAUCAUGACCCGGCGGCUCUGCGCGCAGCUGGUGGCCGCGUCGGCGCUCAGCGGGCUGCUGGUGGCCCAGCUGGUCACCCCCCUGGUGUUCUGCUCGCCGUUCCAGGCAAGCCGGCAGCUCGACCACUUCUUCUGCGACAUCUCCCCCGUCCUCCGGGUGGCCUUCAGGCACACCGACGCCGGCGAGGCCGUUAUCAUGGUGCUGGGCGUCUUCGCCCUGAUGGUCCCGCUGACGCUGAUCCUGGCUUCGUAUCUCUUCAUCCUCGCCGAUGUCCUGCGCAUCCCCUCGGCCGCGGGGAGGCACAAAGCCUUCUCCACCUGCAGCGCCCACCUGGCCGUGGUGGUCGUGCACUACACCUGCGCCUCCCUCAUCUACCUGAGGCCGGGCUCCAGCUCCUCGUCGGGCCAGGACGCGCUGAUCUCGGUCACUUACACCAUCCUCACCCCGCUGCUCAAUCCCAUGAUUUACACCCUGAGGAACAAGGAUGUCAAAGCGGCUCUCCGGAAAACGAUCAGGAAAACACAGAUUUCUCCAGAAUGUUUUCCGGGAAAGAGGUCAAGGUGAGCCACUUCCCCAGCGGGUAUUUCCAGCCGGCAGCCUCCCCUUCCAAAAAGCAUCGCUCCUUUUCCGCGAGCCCUUUGGCUCCCAGCGGAGCUUCGGCAAAGCCAUGACGGCGAAGCACGGCUGCUAAGAAGGAUGAACAAAUUCCGGUCACAGUGAGAGUGGGAAAACCAACUUCGAUUUCUUUUUGAAUACAGAAACCCAAUUUCUUUUUGAAGAUGGAAAUCCAAAUUUCCACCCCAGUUCCACCAAAGCUUCCAACUGUACAACCUGAGACAUUUAGUGAAGAAGAAUCAUAGGCGUUGAAAGAAUUUCAAGGGGAAACUCCAUUUUUUUUCAGAUCGCAAGCACAGGACCAUGUUCAUGGUGCUUAUCAAGCUCUGACUGCGUGAUAUUGCGGGGCCCAUCAAAGCCUGCAAGGAACUGAGCUCCUGCAAGGA